GACUUUUCCAUCAGUCAGUUUCCGUUUUCUGUCUUACAAAUUUUCCGGACCAACCUAAUCGAACAAUAUGUGCGAAUGAAACAACAUCAAAGAAGGCUCCGCUUCCGUUCCACCCUUAUGCUAGAAGUUUCUGGCAUUUGCCGGUAGAUAGGUUUGUUAUGAUAAAAACCAGCGGUCGAUUUUGCUCGGCAUCAGUCGUGAAAAGACGCUUGAAGAGUGAAUAACUUACGGAAGCUAUCAAAGGAAAAUCUUUCUCUAAGUGAAAAGUGAGAGGUGAAAGAAGAGUUGUGCUAAUUUCAGCAAAAGAGAUUUGUGCAAAAUUUAACAAUUUGAAUUAAAAGGAAGUGCUAUACCAUUAUCCCCCUGUAAAGAAAAACAAGUGAUCAAGAUGCCAGAAGCCGCCGCAGAUGUGGAAACCUUUGCGUUCCAGGCUGAGAUCGCUCAGUUGAUGUCACUGAUCAUCAACACCUUCUACUCGAACAAAGAGAUAUUCUUGCGUGAAUUGAUCUCCAACUCAUCGGAUGCUCUCGACAAGAUUCGCUAUGAGUCGCUCACCGAUCCCUCAAAAUUGGAUAGCGGUAAGGAGCUGUUCAUCAAGAUCAUUCCCAACAAGGAAGCUGGAACCCUGACUAUCAUCGAUACUGGUAUCGGAAUGACCAAAGCCGAUCUGGUCAAUAACCUUGGUACGAUUGCCAAGUCCGGAACUAAGGCGUUUAUGGAAGCUCUGCAAGCCGGAGCUGAUAUUAGCAUGAUUGGCCAGUUUGGUGUUGGUUUCUACUCGGCUUAUUUGGUUGCUGAUAAAGUCAUUGUCACUUCCAAGAAUAAUGACGAUGAACAAUACGUGUGGGAAUCUUCUGCCGGUGGUUCAUUUACUGUCCGCGCCGACAACGAAGAACCUUUGGGCCGCGGUACCAAGAUUGUCCUGCACGUGAAGGAAGAUCAGUUGGAAUAUCUGGAGGAAAGCAAAAUCAAAUCCAUUGUAAACAAACACUCUCAAUUCAUCGGGUAUCCAAUAAAACUGUUGGUAGAAAAGGAGCGUGAGAAGGAAGUAAGCGAUGACGAGGCUGAAGAAGAGAAGGAGGAAAAGAAGGAAGAAGACAAAAAGGAUGACGAACCAAAAAUCGAGGAUGUUGAAGAUGAUGAAGAUAAGAAGGACAAGAAAAAGAAGACCGUAAAAGUCAAAUACACCGAGGAUGAGGAACUCAACAAAACUAAGCCUAUUUGGACCAGAAACGCUGACGAUAUUUCCCAGGAGGAAUAUGGCGAGUUCUACAAGUCUCUUACCAAUGACUGGGAAGACCAUUUGGCGGUAAAACAUUUCUCUGUUGAAGGUCAACUAGAUUUCCGAGCACUGCUUUUCGUUCCACGUCGUAUGCCAUUCGAUUUGUUUGAGAACAAGAAGAAGAAGAACAACAUAAAAUUGUACGUUCGUCGAGUCUUCAUCAUGGAUAACUGUGAGGAGCUCAUUCCAGAUUAUCUGAACUUCAUCAAGGGUGUCGUAGAUUCAGAAGAUUUGCCACUAAACAUUUCUCGUGAAAUGUUGCAACAAAACAAGAUUCUUAAGGUGAUUCGCAAGAAUCUGGUUAAGAAAUGUUUGGAAUUAUUCGAAGAACUUUCUGAGGAUAAGGAAACCUAUAAGAAAUUCUACGAUCAGUUCAGCAAAAAUCUGAAGCUGGGAGUACAUGAAGACAGUCAAAAUCGUCAAAAAUUAGCCGAUCUUCUCCGUUUCAAUACCUCAGCCUCUGGAGAUGAAUAUUGUUCGCUGACAGAUUACAUCGGCCGCAUGAAGGAGAACCAGAAACACAUCUAUUACAUUACUGGUGAAAGCGUUGAACAAGUCAAGAACUCAGCUUUCGUAGAACGUGUUAAGAAACGUGGCUUUGAAGUUAUCUACAUGACUGAAGCUAUUGAUGAGUAUGUCAUCCAACAACUGAAGGAGUACCAAGGCAAGCAGCUGGUUUGCGUCACCAAGGAAGGACUCGAACUGCCAGAGGAUGAAGAAGAGAAGAAGAAACGCGAGGAGGAUAAGGCCAAGUUUGAGAACUUGUGCAAGGUAAUGAAAUCAGUCUUGGACAGCAAGGUCGAGAAGGUCGUUAUUUCGAAUCGUUUGGUUGACUCUCCAUGCUGUAUUGUCACUUCUCAAUACGGAUGGUCCGCUAACAUGGAACGUAUCAUGAAAGCUCAAGCUCUCCGCGAUUCUUCUGCGAUGGGUUAUAUGGCCGGCAAGAAGCAUCUGGAAAUUAAUCCAGACCAUUCCAUCAUUGAAACACUCCGUCAGCGGGCUGAAGCCGAUAAGAAUGAUAAAGCUGUGAAGGAUCUUGUAAUUUUACUGUUUGAAACUGCGCUGCUAUCGUCAGGAUUCUCACUGGAUGAGCCCGGUGUGCACGCAUCUCGUAUCUAUCGUAUGGUCAAGCUGGGUCUUGGAAUCGACGAGGACGAAGCUAUGAGCACGGAUGAUACUCCAGCCGCAACUACUGGUGAAGAUGCCCCUCCACUAGUGGAUGACACCGAGGAUGCCUCACACAUGGAAGAAGUUGAUUAAACAUACGAUUUUCCACUAUUUAAGUAGCUUAUCGUAAUUUUUGAAAGUCUGAUUUGUGUUGGGAAAUGCAGAAUUGAGUUUCUCGUAUCUGUUAGGGUUAACUUACAUUUUAAUUUUGUUCCGCGUUAUAGCGGCUUCAGAAGAUGUAUAUUCUUGUCAUUAGUAAUAGCAUACCAAAUACUUGAACUGACUACAUGUUGAUAGUAAAUAUAAAUUAUUUCAAAAUUUA